UGAAUCAUGGCCAAUAAAUAUGACUCUGUUUAGAUCUAGUUUUCUACCUCCAUUGUGUAAGAGCGGAACUGGAGUUCGUUGGGCAGAAUAUAGAUCGUUAGAUGUUUUCAUCUGACAGCGAUUACGAAGAGGAGCUAGAAUUAGCGAGUUACAGUGCCAAAGACUCUUCUGAAAAAGCGAUGCUGUCAAACGGGAAUAACGAUGAGCGGCGUCACAUCGUGGCGUCGUUGUCAGGGUCUGAAAACGUUAGCGACGAUGCGGGUAGCGUUUCGGAAGAACCCGGAAGCUCCCAUCUGAAUGUCGUUCAUACCCCCAAAUUUGUGUGGAUUCUGGCCUUUUUUUCUGCCAUUGGCGGCUUUUUGUUCGGCUACGAUACAGGCGUUGUGUCUGGAGCCUUAAUUUUGCUCAAAGACCGAUUUGGUUUGACCACAACGCAAGAAGAACUCUUUGUUAGUGUGACUAUUGGGACAGCCUGUGUUGGAGCCUUCAGUGGAGGUUUUAUAAAUGAUCACUUUGGUCGAAAGUUCUCAACGAUAUUGGCCAGUGUUAUAUUUACCAUUGGUGCUCUAGUGUUAGGUGUAGCCCAGAAUUUUGCAAUGCUAAUAGCAGGCCGUCUUAUAUUGGGUCUUGGAAUAGGUCUCGCAUCGAUGACAGUGCCUGUGUAUAUAGCUGAAUGUGCUCCACCACACUUGCGAGGUCGCAUGGUCACCUUAAAUACUCUGUUUAUCACUGGUGGUCAGACCAUAGCCAGUUUUAUGGAUGGUGCCUUUAGCUAUAUAAAGCCAGAUGGAUGGAGAUAUAUGCUGGGUCUUGCUGCCAUUCCGUCUGUCAUUCAAAUGACAGGAUUCAUGUUUCUGCCAGAAUCUCCCCGCUGGCUAAUGAAGAAAAACCGCGAGGCAAAGGCUCGAAGUGUUCUUGUUACCAUUCGUGGUACACCCAAUGUGGACGGUGAAAUGCAGAUCAUGCAUACUGUGUGUGAAGAGGAACGUAGACUGAAAGAGCAAAACAGCGGUUUCGUUUUACUGAGGAUGUUACGGACACCAUACACAAGACGAGCUCUGACUGUUGGAUGUGGUCUUCAACUUUUCCAACAGCUCAGCGGAAUCAACACUGUAAUGUACUACAGUGCAUCCAUUAUCAAGAUGGCAGGUGUCUCUGAUCAACAUUUAGCAAUAUGGCUGGCUGCAGUCACGGCUACCAUCAAUUUCCUGUUUACCAUUGUUGGUGUUUGGCUGGUCGAAAAACUAGGACGGAGGCGUCUACUACUUGGAAGUCUUAGUGGUGUUGUUGUCAGUCUUAUAUUUCUUGCUGUAAGUUUCCAGUUAGCAGCUUUCCAUUCACCUCCCAUUACAGUUCAUGAAGCAGAAGGAAGUAACUCUUCAUGCAAUAAUUUUAUCUGGUGUGAAAAUUGUAUCGAAAGAUCCAACUGUGGUUACUGCUUCAUCAAAGAUGGCAGUGGGGCAGCCAAUGGAUCCUGUUUGGCUAUGACAAGCAAGGAUACGACCCAUUCUCUUUAUGGCCGGUGUAAUUCCACGAGUCUUUCUAACGGUCUUGUAUGGGCAGACAACUACUGCCCCACUUCCUACUCGUGGAUGGCAAUAAUGGGUCUGGUUGUGUAUCUGAUGUUCUUUGCACCAGGUAUGGGUCCAAUGCCAUGGACUAUUAAUUCUGAGAUCUAUCCACUGUGGGCACGAAGCACGGGUAACUCUGUUACCGCAGCAACCAACUGGAUUUCUAACCUCCUGGUGUCAAUGUCCUUUCUCACACUUUCUGAAACUCUAACAAAAUAUGGUACUUACUGGUUGUUUACAGGAAUAGCAUUGAUUGCCUUGGUAUUUUUUUCCUUCUUCUUGCCAGAAACUAAAGGAAAACGCUUAGAAGAAGUCGAGGAGCUAUUUUCCAAACCUUGGUGUCAGUGCAAAAAAGACAAUGAUUAUUUAAGUUUGGAUUCAACAAAUUAAUAACUUCAUAGUGAUAAUAAUUAUUUGCAAUAACAGACUUGUAUACUCUAGAAAAUGUGUGUAUUUUGGUCUCAUGAAAUAAUCCAUUCGUUGGUAAAAAUGGAAUAUUGUAAUAAUGUAUAGGUUAUAAAUAUUUUGUAUUUCUUACCAUUUUAGUAACUUAAUGCAAAAAAUAUCAUUUCUGAAUGAAUAAUUUUUGGUCUUACACCACCUAAUAUCAACAGCGAUUUAUGGGGGAACUGAUCUUCUCCUCACCCCCACAACUAUGAAACUGGGCAUUCUUAGGUGCAAGGAUCCUUGAGGGGCCAUGUAUACUGCAUAUGAAGAGUCAUUGCAAAACGCGAUAAAUGCCACUAUACACAUCCAAUCCUAAAAAUGUUUUAUUCCAAACCACCAUAAACACUACGCCAGUUUCUCUGCAAUCUGCGAUAUAUCCUCAGACAAUCGUAUCACAUUUUGCUGAAAACUGAAUUUGAACUUGUGUUUGUCUACGUGUGAACAGUGAGUAGUGUUCACACACUGUUUUUUAAAAUGGCAUUUAUCACGCUUUGCGAUGAAACUCUUCAUAUACAGAAAUCUGAGCAUAUUAAACCACUUGAGGACAAAUUCCUUCCAAACUCCUUUCCCUGUCAGUAAAGUACAUGUACCAUCACCCAAUUUGCAAGUGGUAUGGUGAAGCUUGAAAAACAUAACUUGCUACACACAUGUACUUCUGGUUUCCAAACCCUGAUGUGCCAAGGGCUGUCUCACAGUUGGUACAUUAAAGGCCAUGGUAUGUACUGUCCUGUUCAUGGGAAAGUGCAUGUUAAUGGUAUCUUUCUGCUUUAUUCAUUGGUGUAGCUGGGGUUUUUUUUUUUUCUUUCUGUUGACCAAGUGUCAAAAUGACCACAUGUUAGGCACCACAUAGCCAUAGGUUGGGUGGAGGUUUUUUUUGUUUUGUUUUUGGGUGUGUUUUUGGAGGGUUAAUGUUCUGAGGUGUCAUUAGAUAAAUAUUCCUUUCCUUUCCUAUGAUUUGUCAAUCGGGUUGGGAAGUUUAAUCAGACUAUCUGAUUCCAUGACUUCCACAAUGAGACUAAAUAAUACUUUUUUUUUGUUUUAAAACAUUAGCCAGUGAAGUGAUUGUUACUAUUUUAAUUGCAACUGUGGUCUUUAUACAGCACAUUUAAUUGUUGAAAUCAAUUUGAGUCAUUGUGUUCACUAGUUGUUUUAGACAAUUAAAUUAGCUUUAGUUAAUAGAUGAUUAUUAUGUGUGUUAAAAUGCAAUUUGUUUAAGAAAUCCAUUUUCAGUUAGUUCUAUGUCUGAUUAUUUUAUGUAAAUACAUUCACCUUGGGUGUUUGUGUGCCUUCAACCCAUCACCAUUAGAUCAGCUCUGCUACAAAUAUACAGAUACAGCAGACAUAAGAUUUUGGUAUUUCAGCUGUUGGCAGCUAUAUGUAUGCUACUGGAGUCAGGUGUAUUUGUGCGUACACGUUUGUGUGCAAGUAUGCACAUGUGUGCUUGUGUGUAUUUGUGAGUGUAUGUGUACAAGCAUGUGUAGCUUGUGUGUGCAUGUCUGGCAUUUGAUUUACAUGACGACAAUGUCUUAAAAUAAAAAUCAUGGAUACAAAAUAUGUACAGUUUAUUUUCAUGCAUUUACAGUAAAACUGAACUUACGAACGAUAAGAAUGAAUAAAAUUCAUUUUAGAGUCAAUUUGAGAAAUAUUGACUUUGUUAAUACUGAAAAUACACAUUUGAACUGUAGGAAUGUAACAAAAGUUGAAAUUCAGUUCCAUUGCCUUUUUUUUUUCAUUUAACCUUCAUGUAAAGGAUACUUGGUAUUGCUUUUCAAGGUCAAAAGUUCUAUGUCGUUUUAUUCCACACAAUAUUUAAACUAAAUGUGAACUCCUGCACAGAUGAUGUGUUAUUAACAAUACACGAUUGUUUAUAUUUAAUAAUACCCUUAAAAUUGUAUCACUCAUCUGGGGCAGUUCAACAAUUAGUUAAAUUAGGUAAUGUUUUAGUGGGAGGGGUUACCAUGGGAUGUGUUAUAAGAUGUUUUAGGGGAGGGAGAGGACGUUUUGUCAAGUGUUGCAUAAUAUUUUCAAAACACUUGUCUGAUUUUUAUUUAUGAAGUAAAAUGUGGCCAGUUAAUACCAUUUUAUUCUUAAACAAAUGAUUUUCUAUCAAAUAUUUAUUAACAAAUCAAACAUAAUAUUCAAUUUGGUAAAAAUUAGGUCAUAAUGACAGAGAAAAUGGAAAGGUGUAAUGAUGGGCAUUAUGUAAUUUUAAAGGGGAUGGUGUCAUCUUAGUAUUACAAAACACUACAAUGGGAAAUGGGGAUUAUAAAAAAAAAGAGCCACAUUUAGCAUUACAUAAUUGUUGAACAAUCGCUGCACAUUGUGCACCUAAUAUACUUAAUUCCUAUGUGUGGACCAUAAAUGAUAAACCUAAAUAUAAAUUUAUACUGUGGUGCAAGAUGUAUAACUUUUUUAUUGAUUCCUAGCUGUUGCAUGUAAUUAUAUGUUCUCUUUCAGUGGAAAUGCAUAUACAUGUAUCAUUAGAUAUCUUUUUUAUUGAUCUCAAUAUUGUCGGUUCAUAUUGUUAAUGAAAACCUUUUGCUCAUUUACAUAAUAAUGUUAUGCAUUUUAUAUUAGCAGGUCUUCUAUGUUUGUGAUGUACAUUUGUAUUUGAAACAUUUGUAUACGAUGUAAAAUAUUCGGUAAAGAACCAUCAAAUAUUGGUGACCACAAAAAUGUAAUUCAGGGUUCCCAUAGGCUUUAGAAAACAAAAAUCAUUUGAUAAAGACCCUGUUAAGGAAUAGGAAAUAUGGAAUUAGGGGAAAGGUGCUGGAAUGUAGUUGGGGAAUUAUAUGUGACUGUAUCUGCGAAAAUUAGUAGGCUUUAGAUGAAGCACAAUGUCAUUCAUUGAAACAUCAAUUACAAUGACAUCAAUUAUAAUGUCAAUGUGAGUAUCCAUUUUUUAUAUAUACUCUUAAAAAAAAGUAGGGGAACUCUAAUAAGAAUUUACAAUUGCCAAAAUUGUAAGGUAUAUUAAAAUGUAGCUGUGGGGAAUGGUUAAAUGAUAAUAGUUAAUUAA